AUGGAGUUCUUUCCUAUCAGCAUAUUUCAGCUAUUGUUUACAUCCAUUCUUAGUGUAAUAGUUACUGGACUUAUUUGCGUGCAUAUAUGGCUUAAAAGUACUGUAGGGAAAUUUUAUUCCAAUGAACGCAUGGACGGGAAAACAGUUCUCAUAACCGGUGGAAAUAAUGGAAUUGGUUUGGAAACAAUUCGUGAUUUAGCACGAAGAGGUGCUCGAAUAAUAAUGGCCAGUAGAAAAAUUGAUCUUGGUAAUCAAGUUCGAGACAGUAUAAUGAAGGAGACUGGCAAUGGGAAUAUUAUCGUAAAAAAACUUGAUUUAAGUUCGCAAAAAUCAGUUCGUGAAUUUGCUGACGAGAUUUUAAGAACGGAGAAGAAAAUAGAUGUCUUAAUCCACAAUGCUGGCUGCGCAAGUACUUCAAAUAAGAAGAAGAGUGUUGAUGGAAUUGAAAUGACAUACGCAACCAAUCAUUAUGGACCGUUCCUUCUUACACAUUUAUUGAUUGAUUUACUCAAAAAGUCUGCUCCAUGCCGGAUCAUUAUUAUUUCAUCAGCUUACUAUAAAAUUGCAAAUGUUGACCUGUCAAACCUAAAUCCACUCGAUACGUUUCCAUUCUUUUUAUAUUAUGUGACAAAGACUGCAAAUGUAAUGUUUGGAUUAGAAUUAGCAAAAAGAUUAAAAGAUACAAAAAUAUCAGUCUUGAUUGUUAAUCCUGGAAUGACGAACACUGAUAUUUUUAAGAAAGUUCCAUUUCCACUGAAUUUAGCAGUAAAACAUUCCUUCAAAAAUGCAUGGGAAGGUGCUCAAACGACAAUCAUGACAGCAGUUUCCAAGAAACUCGAUGGUGUUACUGGAAAAUAUUAUUCCGACUGUAGACAGGAAGAGCUGAAGAGUUUUGUGAAGAAUGAAGUUAAAAACAAAAUUUUCUGGGAAGAAUCUGUGAAAAUGUGUAGAUUGCGUCAUUCCGAUCCAACGAUAUAG